AUGUUUGCACGGUUAUCCGUUACUUACCUAAGGAAUCUAGCAUUCCGAAACAAAGCCCCGUUUAAAAUCUUAAGAGUCGCUCGUCAUGUUUCGUUACGCGCUUACUCACAAGGCUAUCAUGGCUCGAGGCCAGAAGUUAUUGAUCCCAUUGCGACAAAACCUUCAGUUAGACUCGCGAUCAUAGGAAGUGGGCCAGCUGGGUUCUACACUGCUUAUCGCGUCAUGAAAGAUUACCCGUCCGCUUUGAUAGACAU